AUGGAUCAAGCCCGUAUUUCGGAGCUCAGUCCAGAGCUGCCCGCGAUCGAAUCGAAGCAUUUCCGAGCGACAGCAACGUUAAUAUGGCCGUAUUCGUCAUCAGCGCGACAGUUUGCCUUGUUGCUUGCUGAGCCCGAUGUCCGAUUACGACGCAAGAACGGACAGGUCAGAGCGCGCUUCUCCGGAGCCAGCGCGAAGGCUGUUGCGACAACAGGUGUGGGGAUUGGAGAUGAGGUGGUGCUGAGCCUACGAGGCGCUGAGUUCGUCAAGGAAGGCGCCGUUAGCACCCCAGGCAGGAGCAUCGAAUGGGAGCUAUCAUACGUACACACAGUCACGAUGCGCGUCUACCGCAACGGAGUCGAAACUGCAAGCCUCGAACUCGUCGAUGUCGCGCCUUCGCCAGUCUCCGCAUCGCCUGCUCGCCGGCCGUCUACAGCCAGUCCAGCGUCCGCGCUUCAAUUCUCCUCUCCUGCCUUUCUCAAGCGGGCGCGACUAUCUGACGGUCCGUCCUUCCAAGCGCCCUAUGAUCCUCUGGCGGAUGAGACGGAAGAGGGCCAUGACAAGAAGCGACGUAGGAAAUCGUACCGGGAUUGGAAGGCCUGGACAUACAGCGCAAGGACACCGUCGCCAGAGAAGGAAGACGUGACUAUGGAAGAUGAGCUCGAGUCGGCCGAAGCGUCACCCAGUCGGACAGGGCGGCUUCCUCGCACUCCUGUCUCGCCUCAACAACCAGAGAUGCUGUCGGUUGCAGCCGGACCCUUACAGGCACACCAAGAUGAACCGACCGAACCUGAUACCCCAACCGACACCGACAACUACGACCUCUACGCUGGGCCCAACGAGCAUUCAGCGUCAGCUGCACAAUAUGCUUUUGGAGGCGACACUGAGAUUGACACCGAAGUCAAUACCGAAGAAGAAAGCGCUACGCAUGGCGAGCUCAAUGCACAUGAUACGAGCGCCACAGAAGCAGACACCGACGAGCUAAAACAUGUACAACUGGAGCGCGUCGAAGAAAACGUAGUCGAGAUCGGGGCGGUUGCAAGUGCACACAGUCAUGUCAAGAAUGAGCUGGCGAUAGCGAUGCCUCCCCCCACAUCAUCCACCUUUCCAGCUGUCACUGCAGGCUUGUUGACCCCUAUCGGUCGAGAGCCUGCAAGCCCAAAGCUUGUACCACAAGACGCUUCCAACCUCCCCAUGCCAUCACCGUUCCCAGGAGACCAGGAUGCAAUUGCUACUUCCUAUUUCAGCCAUACUGCUACUGGCGAGCAGCCGCUGGGUGAUGAUGCUGUGGUUGAGGAUGGGCAAGAUUUACCGAGCGAAGCAAGCUACAUCGGUGAGACGUCCUUCUUCAGCUCAAUAGGCUCAUCGAGAGCUUCAGUGUUCCAUCCAAACCAUGAGUCAGCCUUCACACCUGUACGGUUCACAUUUGGUAUGGACGGUGCUGGCUUCUCACGUCCGCUGGAUCUAUCGUCGCCUCCACCAGAAGCGCGACUGAUCGAAGAGCAACCUUCGAAAACCGAGGCAGAAGACAUGUCCAGGUUGCGCCAGAGUAUACCCGAGAGCGAGCCAGAUGAAGCUGUAGAGGAUUCGGCUACCGCAGACUCCCGAAUCGCUAUAGAUGGACCAGGCGAGCUGGAAGUGGUAAAACUUUCAUCCAAGGACGAAGAAGAUGGUGUGAGUGAGACAGAGAUGGACUCGGUGACAGCUGAACAACCGAUGCAUUCGAUUUCUGCUGAACAACCUGAAGAAGGCUCCAGCACAGCGGAGGACCUGCAAUCUAGGAGUGGGGCCCUUGAGGAAAUUGAUCGUCAAGAAUUAGCCACGGGCAAGCUAAAUCCAACAGCCACAUCAGCCAUUGUUGAUCUGGGCCCUCCCAUGGACGACAACGAAGUCGAGCCCAGCCACGAACAGCAGCAGCUUCAGCCUAGCCAGCGCACCUCCACUACUCAGGACCAGUCCCCUACCAUGGAUGUUGAUAGUCAUAGUGAGUUUGUAAAUCUGGAUCUUUCGACCGAAGAUGCACAGACCCUUGAAACGACAGUGGAGCAAACAGUCACUCACACUCAAUCUCAGGAACCAGAACCUGAUGUCGUAUCACGUCAUAUGGAGGAAGAUUUGUCUCCUGAUGGUCAUCCAUCUGGAUCAAUCUUCGAGGCUACUGAUGAUUACUUGCAAGACGCUUUCCCAAUGGAGCAUUCAUCAUUCGUCCAGGAACAUGAGCAGGUAGCUGGUCUUGGGCAUAAUCACCAGUCAGACAUCAAAGUGGAGUCAAUAGAAGAGGUCUCGAUAUCACAGUCAAAUGAAUUCAAUACUCACUUGGGACAUGAAAACAGCACACAUGCAGCUACUGAGUCUGCGAGCCAACAGUAUCCCACGGCGCCUGAGGACGACCAGAAACCAGGAAGCGUGGAUAUUUUACCAGAAUCGCCUGCAAAGAGUACCAGGCCGGAAGUAAAGACUGCAGCCUCGCCAAAGAAAGGCGAAGCAUCCGUCCCCAUGUCCAAUACAAAACCCGAGGGAUCUUUGACCUCUAUUGCACAUUCAGCUGUUUCACCGCCUAGGAAACGCACUCGUUCUGCCUUGUCCCCAUCGCAGGAGUCUACUCAGACGUCUCCCUACAGUCUUCGCUCACAAUCGAGGCAGUUUUCCCCAGCAGAAAGCUUUUCGGCUGAUGUUACUGCUACCCGAAAAGGGCUGCCCAAAAUUGCUUCGCAAAGCAAUGUGAACUCGGUGUUCGAUUUUGGAACCUUACAAACCCAGGACCAUGAUCAGUCUGUCUCCAGCUUCCAGCCGUCGCAAGAGUUAGGCGCAUCACAGGGCAGAUACUCUGACGUGGCUUUCGUGAAAGAUUCCGAAGAAGAAAGCGUUCGAUCUGAGCACACUAUAUCUAUUGUGCACCCCUCCGAUGAUAUGGGACACAUGCACCACAGCGACCCUGUCGAUCGUGCUGUCGAUCAUGCUACCAAUGUUCGGGCAGACGAAGAGGACACAAAGCCACCACCCGCAACCGCGCCCGAGCUAAGAAGAUCAAGCCGAAAGACGAAAGGGAAGAAAUCGGACUCACAAGUGAUUGCAGGGCUACAUAGUAAUAGUCCUGCUCGACCUGGCUCUUCACAUGCUACUCAGCCGUUGCAUAGCAGUCCAGGCAUGCAACGACGCGAAGCACGAUCACAGGAAAACAUAACUCCCAGUCCGCGCAAUGUGCGGAGAACGAGGAGAAGAGUGUAUGAGUCCGAUGAGUUUGCAACACCAAACGCCAGCCAGAAAGCGGACGAGCAGAUCUCAUUCGGUGAAGGUGAAGACAACCAAGGCACCGUUGAUGUCGAUGACUUUGUGCGCAGUUCACCACCUGGAUCUCCUACCAUCGAUCAACGAACGAAAAAGCAUAGCAAAAAGCCUAUUACUCCAAGUGCAGCACAACAGACAGCCAUGGAUUCGCAACCCAGUUUCAACGACCACCAAGAACAGGAUAUGUUGUUGACACCUCAGCUUACACAAACCACGUCUGCAGGUCUUCGUUCCUUCGAAGCUGAUAAUGUGGCCAACACAGAAGCUAUUGCCGCGUCACUCAAUCCCCAAACUACUGCCAUAUCUCCAACACUUAUUGAUGCAUCCUCGGACGAUGCCGACAACGACACGCUCGGAGAACCAUCAGUUGGCCUGUCUACGCCACUAGCUUACUACACCCCUCUCAAGGAUCUCCUGUACUUCCUGAACCGCUCCUCUCAAUUUCACUCGGCUGCCAAUCCUGAUGUAAUCGCGCUCGUCACGUCUCCUACCACGCCAAGCGAAAAAGCCAAAAAGGGACCGAAACAUUGGUUCACUACCCUGCAAAUCACUGAUGCUAGCUCUUGGCCUCAAACAACCACAGUACAGAUCUUCCGCGCUCAUCAGAUUGCACUUCCAGAAGCACAGGUUGGCGAUGUAAUUCUACUUCGCGCAUUUGCUGUCAAGUCGUUGAACAGGCAUCCCACACUCACCAGUGCAGAUGAAAGCGCGUGGUGUGUGUGGCGCUGGGGCAGACCCAUCUGGGGCGCAAAGAGGGGUGCGUUUGGCGAGUUAAGAGCGAGGGAGGAGACUAAAGGGCCGGCUGUCGAGAGAGGAGAAGGGGAAUGGCGCGAGGUGGAGAAGUUGAGGAAAUGGUAUGCAGCAAAGGUACAGAGCGAGCUGGUGGAGAAAGAAGAGGGGAAGGUCAAGACGAGGAGUAAGGAUAAGGGGAAGGCGGCGGCAGAUGGAGAUGCAUGA